AUGUGGAUUCGCCUGUGUGUUGCUGGGUUGGUUUGCUGUCUUCUGGCUGUCGACAUCUACGGCCAAACAGCCAACCCGUCGCCAGCCAGCUGCAGACGAGUACGACUAAACGGGACAAGCGGGACGUUCACCAGUCCGAACUUCCCUGACGACUAUCCCGAGGACCUACAAUGUGUGUACGUCAUACAAGUCACUCCUCCCAACGUCGUGAAGCUCACGUUUGCGGCGUUUAACGUGGAACAGGAUUACGACUUUGUGUACGUGUUUGACGGAGACACUACUGACAAAAGGAUUCAGAUAGAACAGUUAACCGGUGAUACUAUCCCGUCACCAGUCAUGUCAACAGGCAGUGUACUCACGGUUCAGUUCAUCUCAGACUCUGUGGAAACAUACAAGGGUUUCCAGGCUACUUACGCUGCUGUGGAUAAAGUCUACGCGAACUGCACUGUGGGCCAGUUCCUGUGUGCCAGCGGUACGACCUGCAUUACGUCAUGGCAGCGAUGCGACGGCGUGCCGAACUGCAGGGACAGGAGUGACGAGGCCAGCUGUGACUGCCAGGCGAUACCCCCCUCCUUUACCCUGUGUAAAGGCCUGGAGUACCCGAUGAUGACUCUCCCCAACCCGCUUCAUCACAAUAACGUCACGGAGAUCCAGCGAGCCGCGGAGUUCAAUGACCUCAAGCAGCUCUCCCUGUCCAACUGCCAUCCGCAGGUCAAGUCAUUCGUCUGCUCAGUCCUCCUGCCGAACUGCAACCAAAGUUCCAAUAGACAACUUCUUCCCUGUCGGUCAUGGUGUGAAGAAGUAAAGUAUACGUGCAACAAGGAAAGCAGUUGGUCGUCGUUCCCUAAUUGUAGUAUCCUUCCUGACAAGGACUGUUAUAACGUCAAAGCAUCACUGGCAAAGGAUGGCGAGACGGAGUGUUUUCACGGUAACGGUGCCAACUACAGAGGUGUUGAGAACCACGGCAUCUCCGGGGCUGCGUGUUUGAGGUGGGAUUUACGCGACCACUCCUUCCUUCAGAACGACUAUCCCUGGGCGAACCUACAGGAGAACUACUGCCGCAGUGUGACGGAAACUCGGCCCUGGUGUUACACUGCAGAUGGGUGGGAGAACUGCGAUGUCGUGCCAUGUGACGUCAUUGGCUGUGGAGAUCCAGGAAGACCUGUUAACGGCCAGAGGAAGCCUUUUCAGAAGUUCUACUGGAAUAUCGACAGGGUGACCUACACCUGUAACAGAGGAUACAAGUUCCCCAAGAACUCCAAACCGAACAAGGCUCAGUGUACGGCCAACCAGACAUCAGGAGAGGCUAAAUGGUCUUCGGAGGUACCCAAGUGUGAAGCGGACUAUCAGGUAAAACUGGUGAACGAACUGUUCGACCAGCAAGUGUAUAAGAAAGCCCUGGCUCCGACUUCCAGGGCAACGAUCUACUUCCAGGCGUACAUCGAUGGCAUCAUCUCUUUGAUAUGGCAGGACCAACGCCUGCUCUGGGAGAUGUCAGAAAACGGAAAUGUUGAUCAUUUGUUCUUCGGAGACGAUCAACCAUGGAAACCACUCCUGACCCUGAAGAGGAAUGCUGAUGAACAGUACACAGGUGGUUUUCCCAGCACGGUGAUCGAACUGGACUCGUCAGGAGAUAUCCACUGGCCCAUAGAAACCCUGACCACCACCACGUGUGACCUGGACCCGUUCCUGUUCCCCAAGGACAACAUCACAUGUCCCAUCUGCUGGAGCGCAGGGUCAGAACAUGUCAUAGAAUGCUCCAACGGCACGAGUUCGUCAGACGUCCCCAGAUUCCUGACCUGUAACGGGACCGUCGCGCCGGUGUCCAGCGGGGAGUGGAGCGGGAAAGUCACCAUCUCCACCGACAACAACCUGGCCUGUCUCACCAUCAGUCUCGAGCGGGAUCCCAGUUACCACUUCGCUACUACCCUGUCUCCGUGUAUCAUCCUGGUGGUCCUGAUGGUCAUCACGUUCAUGUUACCGGUGGACAAGGGAGACAGGAUCUCCUUCGGCGUCACCGUGCUGCUGUCCAUGGUGGUGUCGCUAGUCGUCGUCACAGGUUUCCUGCCUGUCAAGGGGAUCAUCCCCUUUAUUGCUCUACUGAUCAUCGUGGCCAUGGGAAUGAUGGCACUCUUCAUGCUGGCCACCCUGUUUAUCGUCAUUCUUCACAGCAAGAAGGGGACUCUCUCACCGUGUGCCAGGAAGUUCUUCUUGUGUUACAUGGCAAGAAUGCUACUUAUGGGUGACCUGAGUAAGAGGGCUACAAAAGAAGGAACAUCUCUCAACGCAGAGCGACGAUCUUCCCUGCUCCAUACAAGAAAUAACCUUCCCAAUGACAACUCCACAAGGCCGGAGGACAAUGAUGUGGCCGCCAUUGUUUUCGGCCCCCCUAGGGCACGACUACAUAUCGCUAUGAAAAAUGAACGUCGUCUUCUCGAGCUACAGAACAGCAUGCACGAGCUCAAUGUCAAUGUUCGUGCCUUCUCCACCAUGUGGCGGACUGCCACGGUUGUUGUUCUUCUUUGCUCCUUCUUCUGCGGUCUCCAGUCUCAGAGUUCAGUAGCUCCAACAUCUGCCCCAGUAAGUAACCCUGCAACACCUAGUGCACAGUCUACCGCGGCAAGUAACACCUCCAGCCCGAGUGUUACCGAGUCCACCACGAACAACAACACCCCAUCCCCGAAUGUUACCGAGUCCACCACGAACAACAACACCCCAUCCCCGAAUGUUACCGAGUCCACUACGAACAACAACACCCCAUCCCCGAGUGUUACCGAGUCCACCACGAGAAACAACACCCCAUCCCCGAGUGUUACCGAGUCCACCACGAGAAACAACACCCCAUCCCCGAAUGUUACCGAGUCCACAACGAACAACAACACCCCAAACCCGAAUGCUACCGAGUCUACCACAAGCAACAACACCCCAAACCCUAAUGCUACCGAGUCUACCACGAACAACAACACCACCCUUGACAUGCCUCCGAGUCUACCCACCCCACAGAACGCCACGCCCCAGGUCUCUCCCCCGCCGAUGAACAACAGCACCUCGAGCUGGUCCGGGUCAGGGUCCGGGUCAGGGACAGAUGCUGAAGGUUCCGGUUCUGGCUCCCCCUCCCAGUCCGGCACAUUUGUGCAGAAGACGGGGCCCAGUGGAACAGUAAGCAGCCCGAACUAUCCCAGCCAGUACCCGAACAGUCAGGACUACCGGUACCUGAUCACCGUCACUCCACCAAAGGUCGUACAGCUCAGCUUCACGGCGUUUAAUGUGGAGAACAACUGGGACUUCGUCUACUUGUACGAUGGAAACACAACUGAGAAUCAAAUAGUUCGUUUAACUGGUUCGACCAUGCCAUCCCCUGUGACGUCGACUGGGAACACCAUGCUGGUUCGAUUCACCUCUGACUACAGUGUGACCAGACAAGGGUUCCAGGCUUCAUACACUGCCGUUGUAAAAGUGUUCGCCAACUGUUCGGUGGGGCAGUACCGUUGCGGAGACGACGUGACCUGUGUGGAGUCAUGGAAACGGUGUAACGGAGAGGUCGACUGCAGUGACGGCAGCGACGAAGCAUCUUGUAAUUGUGAAGGCAUCCCGCCCAGUUUCACCCUGUGCAGAGUCCUGCCAUACGUUAACGCUGGUUUUCCCAACCCGUUCAACCACAAGACAGUACAAGAAGUCAGAGACCCCGGUUUUCUCAAUAACUUUCAGACGCUCUCGGAUUCCAGGUGUCACCCUGAGGUUAAUGAGUUAAUCUGUGCUCUUCUUCUGCCCAACUGCAACCAAACUCAGAGCCGACACCAGCUACCAUGUCGGUCGUGGUGCGAAGAGGUGCGAGAUUCUUGCAAGAAUCAGGCGCUGAUAUCAUCCUUGCCCUCUUGCGGGAUAUUCCCGAACAGCAGCUGCUACAACAUUGCGCCAUCAAAGAAGGAUGGUGAUGAGUGUUACAGGGGAAAUGGAGCGAAUUAUAGAGGAAACGUGAACAAACCGCCAUCGGGGAAGACCUGUGAACGGUGGGACUUGGACACACACAAGAGCCUGCUGACGACCGCAGCCUGGGCAAACCUAGAGGGCAACCUUUGUCGGAACCCUGACUGGACGAGACCAUACUGUUACAUCGAGGGGGGUUUCGAGGAGUGUGACAUCGUUCCCUGUGACGUCGUUGGCUGCAAAGAUCCUGGGAAACCAAACUUCGGCCAAAGAAGCCCUCUACUGAAGUUUUACAGAGAAGGAGAUCGGAUCACGUUUACGUGUGACAGAGGCUACAAGUUCAAGGAGGACUCGCCACCGAACAGGGCGCAGUGUGUCGUCAACGGAACCGAAGCAAAGUGGUCUACAGUCGUGCCUAACUGUGAAGUGGACCAUAAUUGGAAGCUGACAAAGGACAUCUUCAGCACUGAGGUGUACAACAAGGCCUUUGCUCCCUCAAGGGGCAAAAAUGUGCACGUCCAUGCUUACAUCGAGAACGUCAUAUCGUUGGAUGAAAAGAAUGAACAGAUCGUGACGGCUGUUAAGAUGGCAUUGGAAUGGGAAGACGAGCGUUUGCAAUGGCAGGCGAGUGAGUACGGGGGUUUGGACGCCAUUUACGUUGGUGAUAGCACGGUCUGGAAGCCUGGCUUAUCGCUUAAACGGAACUUUAAUACAGAGUAUACUGGCGGCUUCCCUGAAACUAAUCUAAGAGUUACCGACAAGGGAAAGGUAUAUGGCACCUUAGAGUUUCUGGCCUCCACAACAUGUGACUUGGACCCGUUCCUGUUUCCACAAGACAACAUGACAUGUCCCGUCUGCCUGAAGGGAGGACCGGAAACGAUAAUAGCAUGUUCCGAGACUAUACCAGACAAAGAAGAGAAAGAAUUCCUGACCUGUAGCAAGACCAGCGAUCGGAUUCUCACCGGAGAGUGGGCGGGCCGUGUCACUCUCUCAGCCGGCAACAACACCGCCUGCCUCACGAUAACAAUCCAACGGGAUCCUAGCUACCACUACGCUACAACCAUCUCUCCCUGCAUCAUCCUUGUCGUCCUCAUGAUCAUCACCUUCAUCAUGCCCAUUGAUAAAGGUGACAGGAUUGGAUUCGGCGUCACCGUGCUGCUGUCCAUGGUGGUGUCGCUGGUCGUCGUUACAGGUUUCUUGCCUGUAAAAGGAACCCUGCCAUUCAUCGCCAUGUUGAUCAUCGUUGCCAUGGGAAUGAUGGGCGGCUUCAUGUUGGUGACCCUCUGUAUCAUCAUCAUCCAUGACCGGAAGGGCAACUUACCUCCGUGGGCACGGAAGCUCUUCCUACGCCACCUGGCGAGGAUUGUUUUCAUGGGAGACCUGACCAGGAAGCUGCGCAAAAACGACGAAGACGAUGAUGGACAGAGAGACGAAAUCUUUUGCAACUGGUCGGUGAGUAACAAGGUGCAACCCGAUGGAGCUAACGGGACUGAGGUCGCAACCAACCAAGCCGUUAGGGCCCAGUCUAACGAAGUUAAAUCGAACGUUCCGGGGUUGCAGGGCACACUGGAUGAGCUGAAGAGCAGUGUCAGGCAGCUGUCUGGUAGCAUUGAGGCUCUGGCGAAGGCAAACAGUGGAGAUGAAGAAGAAGUUACAGAAUACAAUCUGUUGGCGUAUGUUCUGGACAGGAUCUGUCUUUUCCUGUACAUAGCUGGCAUUAUCGUUGCCAUACCCUGUACUCUAUACCUCGGUAGGUAAGGAUACAAUAUAAUUAAAACGUUCUGUAUGGCCAUACGAUAGAGUUAAUAAAUAAUGAUAUUACUAAAAGACAGUCUGAGAUAUGGUUGGGACACAUUUUUCUGUCAUUGAUUAACACUAGCUCAACGACACUUACCUCAAAAUAUUGGGCAUGUAUAUAUCCACACUAGCAAAACUACUGUGAUUGUAAUUUACGUAUAGAUAUGAAAUUUUAUAUUUGUUGCCAAUGCGACAGGGUAAUCCUAAUGCUCAAUAAUGUACGUACGUAUGUUUUUUUCUGUAAAUGGCUAAAAAUGGCUAAAACGUCACUAUGUAUCACUACAUUUUUACUAUAAUAUCAACAUUGAUUUACAUGUUUAAUGUUAAAGAUGUUGAUCCAAUACUACGAAUGGUUCCAUUCUACGACUUAGAUCAAACUUUUAAACUCUAAACUUUUAAAUACCUCCACAUAUGGA